AUGAACUUCACCCAGAACCAUCUCCAUUUCCGCAGCGAAGACCCCGAUUCCGCCGCCAAGUUUUAUUGCGACAACUUCGGCGCUGUUAUUGCCUCGGAGCGGCCCUUGUCCACCACCAAGUCCAUUACUCUAGAGAUGAACGGCCAGACUUUGAUGACCAUAUCGGGCCGGGCCGAGGGCGAGGAUCCGGUGCCAGGCUCCACCGAACCCCGCUAUGGCCUGGACCACUUCGGCUUUGAGGUAGACGAUAUGGAAGGCGCCGCCGCUCAGUUCAGGGCCAACGGCGUUCACAUGAUCUGCGAGCCAUGGACUAUGCCUUCCGGUUCCAUGGUGGCCUUCAUCGAGGCCCCCGACCACGUCAGCGUUGAGAUUAUCCAGCGGCCCAAGGCAUAA